GGUGUUGACAUUCCAGGUAGAUGAUCUAAUGGAGGCGAUUUGAAAACAAAAUGGCGAAGUCUGUGAUCGCCUUGGGUUUUUCGAUAGUAGCUUUCACCUUUAUGGUGGUAUCUUUCGCCAGUCCUUACUGGGUGGAGUCAUUCACUAAAGCAGACAGUCGCUUCGUGAAGGCGGGACUUUGGGAAUUUUGUUUCAAUGAUUACACGUUUUGGAAGGACUACAAUGGAAAACGCUACAAGGGUUGUUGGUACAUCUUCUCCGAUCAGUAUCGUGUGAUUUGGGAAUGGCUCUCGCCACCGUGGUUCAUCGUGUGUCAGGUGAUCGCCAGCACCUGUAUCCUGUUCCAGUUCAUCACCACGAUAAUCCUCAUCCUUCUUGUUCUGAACUAUUUCCCGGAAUAUCUCCACGAGGUCAUACUGAUGGGUGGCAGCUUUGUGUACUUCUUUAUAGUGGUCCUAAUCCUUAUUCAGGCGAUUAUCUUUGGAAUUAAGAAGGAGGAUCGUCAGUGGGUUCCGCGCCCCGACCAGAAUUAUCUGUCUUGGGCCUAUGGAUUCUUCAUCAUCUCCGCAUUCUUCACGCUCUUCUCCGCCAUAACUCUCGUCCUGGCAUCCCGAGAUUUCAAGCGGAAGUUAAAACAGGAUUAUCCUGACCGGAGAUACUGAGAGACACACAGACAAAACAGACAUUGUAUGUUAUCUCAACUAUGCAAGAAGAAAGAAUUUAUAAACAGUUUUGUGUGAGUGGUAUACCAAUCCAUAUUUAUCAUUUUUCUGAAAUGUUUGGAGGAUCAGUUAUCCUUCAUGUAAAAUUAUUAUACAGCAUGAAUUCAAAAGAAUUUUUUUUAGAGAUUUACAUAAGAAAUUUAUGAAAAAAAAGGCAGAAAGCAAAAAUUAUUAAUUAAGGUGCCUGAGCUACAGCUAAAGCCUGAAUGAAUGAAAGCAUGUAUGUAUGUUUUUUAUGACUUCACCAUUCAUUGUAAAUACAUAAAUAUGACAUGUAUAAAACAGUGCCAUUGUUUGUAAGGAACCAGUUUAUCCCAUUGUUUGUAAGGAACCAGUUUUAUAGCCAUGCGACUUUUAUAUUGACUCAAAUCCUGUAUAUGAUAUCUGUUGAUAUAUUUUGUAUGCAAUGACUUCUCUUUGUAUAGACUUAUAGAGUUUUAUACCUCACAUUCCAAUCAUCUAGCUAUCAUUGAUUCCUCUUGCUGUAUGAUCAGCCAUUGGAUUAUCUCAUUAUUUUUUAAUUCAUGAAUUAUCUGCAUUCUAUCAUUGGUUGUUCUACAUUUUAAAUUGUUUUUUUUUAUAGAGGAAAUGUCAUAAUUUGAAUAAACUGGAUAAUAUCGACAGAUUUUCUGUUUAAAGAUCUUUGCAUCCAUUCUGAGUGAUUUUGACAAUUGUUAAUGUACGAAUGAUGCACAGGGACCAAGCCUGUUUUAGCAUUAAUUUUAAUGUAACAUUGAAAUUAAAGUUAAAAAGGACUUGGUCCCUGUGGAAAGAUGGACAAAUGAAGAGAUCAGUAGAUUAAGUUCUGUUGAUGAGUCUAACAAUAUAUAUGUAUUGUAUGAUCAAUUCAGAGGAAACCUCUCUCCUUCAUCCAUAUAAUUGAUUUAUUUGUAUAAUGUUAAUCAGUUGUCUGAUAUUUAUAUAUACCUGUAGUAUCCAUAUAUUUUUUCAUUUUUAUGAUACAUUUCCCAUGAGAGACAAUAAAGCAUUGAUAACUAUG